AUGUCUGAAAAACAAGGGUUGCUUCCUCCUCCUCCUCCUCCUCCUCCUCCAUCACCCCCCUCAAACCCAUCCACCAAAAUCUCCCCCUACGUCCAAAACCUCCUCUCCGCACCUCCGUCCUACCUCUCCCAGCUCCCAAACCAGUCUCCAAUGCCCCCGCCCCGACAGGCCCAUGAGGAGCCGAUACUCUGGCCUGCGUGUAUCGAGGGGUACGAGUGUAAGUUGUGGGGGCAGUAUCCGGCUUUGCUGGAUGUGCAGGAACCUAGUUCCGGGCCUGCGAGCGUUAUCGAAGGCGCGGCGUAUCGAGUGCAGACUGUGAAAGACGGAGCGAGACUUGCGGAGUAUGAGACGGGGAGUUAUCGUGCUAAGGCUUGUGUUAUUAGAUAUACUGAUGGACAGGAACCCAAGGAGGAAAUGGGACAUGCUUUUAAGUUUGUGGGGGAUGAGAGGGAGAUUAGUGAGGGGGAGUUUGAUAUGAGAGUCUGGCUGCGGAUGAUGGGGAGGAGAGGUGCUGUGGAGAGGUUGGAUGAGAAGAGGGUUGGUGGUACUGGUACUGGUAGUGGGUGA